AUGUCUGGACUAGGUCUCGGUCAGAUAGAUCAACCACGUAUAGGUUCACACAUUAUCACUUCUCUUCCUCCUCGACCAAGACCCUCUGCUAUUCAUCGAUCAACCACUACUCUGGCGGAUAGGAUUUCCCACGCGGAUCCUUACCCGAAGACAUUCGAAGCUCCACCAGCUUUACGUAUACAGGGAGGUGGUCCUAAACCUAAUCUUCUCUCUCGUAUCUCUUCUUCAACUUCUUCAAAAGAUAUCACGACAGAAGAUAGACGUUACAGAUCUACAAUCUCUCCUCAUAUACCUCCUUCUCCUUCUUCAUCAGGGGAAUUGAGAAUUGAAGAUAGACAUUAUAGACCUAUUCAUACUCCUUCUCCUCCAUUAUCAGGGGAAAUGAGGAUUGAAGAUAGACAUUACAGACCUGUUCGUACUCCUUCCCCACCACCAUCCCUCACGAGGAGAAGAACUUUUUCUCCUCCAAGACAACCAAGAGCGGAACGUUUAGGAAAUAUAUCAUCUUAUCGUGAUGCUCAGAGUCCUCCUAGGAGACGUCUCACCACUUAUGAACAAGAUUUGAGAUAUCAAAGAGGAACAAUUUAUGAACAUCAAUUAAGACGGUCCCCUCCUUAUGAUCCACCAUCACCACAGCGUCGACCUAUGUAUGAUCAUAUACCAAGAGGACCACGUUCUCAGCAUCAUCUAUCACGGUAUGACGAAGUCGAGGAAGAAGAAUGGAGGAAGUAUAAUAAUCGACGACGAAGUCCGGAAGAUCGACCGUGGGCGUCGAGACAGGUUGGAGCGGACCGUUAUCGACCCAUUGAUUUGGAGGAGAGGGAUAUUAGAAAUUACGAGCGUGUGACUCGACCAGCCCAAGAGACUCCAUUGAAUAGGGACUUUCAAGCCGAGCACAACGGAGUCAGGAUGAAUGUCGAGGGAGAGAAUACAGAUCUACAUAUGGGCAAAUUGGAAGAACAGAAUAUGAUACGCCCUCCCACACCUGAAGGUCCUCCCCUGAAGGAUGAUUUUGAAGGAGGAUCGUGUUGGAAUCAAAAUCCAUCAAAGGACUUGUCCUCUACUUCUUCUACUUCGGUAAAUCAACAUUUGGGCAAUCAUGAGGUUCAGGUGGACAAGGAAGAUCAAGCGGAUCUGUUGAUACUCGAUAUCUCAGAUCCAGCCGACCAUUCUAAUACCUUACAAACACUGGAUGUUCCGAGUCGAGCUGUCUUUCUUGAUAAUUCAAACAUUUUGGUCCAAGAGGAGCGGGCGGAACCAGCAUUCCUUGCAGACCCAUCGGCAGACCAAGAAGAUCAUUCAGAUUCAAACGAACAUGCUAGCCAGUCCGGUCAAUUGCACCAGGAAGGUUAUCAAGAGGUACGGGAAACAUCGCCUCAGCUUGCACAGGGAGAGCUCGUCAACCAGGCUGGGGGCCAGGAGGAGGAGGAGGAGGAGGUUGCUGAAUCGAUUACGAGUGAGGAUCUUUGGGGGGAGAGGGAAGCAGAUCGGAGCAUUACACCGAUCGAAGAUGGGAUAUCCAAUGAGGUUCAGGUGGACGAGCAUGGGGAAGACGUGGAAGAAAGAACAAGAGAUGAAGAGGGUAGUAGAGAAGCUGAAGAGAGAGAGGUGGACGAAAAAUUAGACCUGGGAACAAGCUCUUCGGAACCAGACCUGGAUGUGGAGCGCAUGGAUGGGGGAGAACGGACGGGUGGAGUCUUGGUCAUGGUAAAAGCAGACCUCCCGCCCGAAUUAUGGUCCGAGGACAUCGACAUCCGCACCAGAGCCCGAGCCGAAUUCAAUGAGCAAACGGUAGCUCGUCUGGGGCAAGAGGGGAAAUUGGCGCAGACGAUCCUUUGGCUUGAUGACAGUGUCAUUUGGCCAUGGGUCCUGGCAUCUUCUGUGACUUGUCGAGAUUCGUUAACGCAAGAACCAACUACGAGUCCCUGUCCAGAAGAACAAGUAGAACACGAAGGGUCGCCAAGCAACCGCGAUCCUAUUCCCAUCAUCACUUCGUUUGAACAAGGGACCCCUGCACAAACGCAUGAAGUCGGACAACAGGACGAUCGACCCAGUCCUACUUCAUUAUCGAACCAACCUCAGGGGCAGUUUCAAGAUGGACCUGAAUACACCGAAUCCACUCUCGACUGGAAAGAUUUCGAAUACCUCAUUUCCUAUAUUCAUCUCCCAUCUCAACUACGGACUUAUCGCAACAGGGGACCCGAUAAGGUAGGCCUGGCAGCAUUCAAACGUCAACAUCUCGCCAAAGCGCUUGUCCCAGAUGUUAAUGGUAAACCCACACGACAAGCUCGCUUAUACAUGGGGCAUUUUGGACGUAUGAUCAUAUAUUGGAGUCCUCUGGAUAAUUCUCAACUUCCUACAAAUCCAUUUCCAGGGACGAUACAAAUGACCGUUGAUGGUGCUUCUCCAUCUGUUUCUUCCUCGCCUUCCUCAUUUGCUUCCGUACCAGAAAACACUUCAGACCUCGAUGUCAAUACCAAAGCUACUUCCAUUUCGUCAUCUUCCACUCUAUAUCAUCCUGAUACAUCUUCCUGGCGACAGAGUCCUUCGUCUACUAGCGAAUCAUCCGUUUCAACGGACAAACCUGUCAAAAAGUCUGAAUCGACAAAAGAGGUAGCGCCUGCUAAAAGGAAGAGACACACUCGAGAGACAGAGAUAAAUCCUGAUAAAUUACGAAUAGCCGAUCUUCCUAAUGCCAUCAUGAUACUCAUUCCACCCAAUUGGUCAACUCCAGCACAAAGACGAGAACCCGAUUUCGCAGCAUGGGCCGAGAGGCAGAGAAGGGAAAUCAUGGAUCCAGAUGGGACAGGUGUACCUAUCAGAGUGGCGAAAUGCGGGAAGGUUAGUCGGGGGAAAUUGCAGAUUAAUUGGAAAGAUCUCGAAGGUGAUCCGUCGGUUUCCCGCGACCAGUCUCAGAGAGCUUCCACCUCACGAUCCAAUUCAAAGAUACAAAGUCCACGAGACACUCAAAGUGCACAACAAAGUCAAGUACAAAAUCCACGACCUUCAUCGCAAAGACAGAAUCAGCUAUCCAAGAUACGAAUACCGAAAUUGAAUUCUGGGAAGGAGACAAAGAAAGAUCAAGAAAUCACUCCAUCUGAUAAAUCUCCUUUUACUCCUCUUUCUUCUCAUUCUCGUAGACGAGCUUCUUCUGAAUCAUCGUCAUCAUUCCCAUUAGCCAACGUAGAUAAAGUGAAGAAACGUAAAGUUAGUCAAGCUCGUCAUACCCUUCCAGAAAUCAUCUCCGUAUCGCCUAUAGUCCCUCUUAGUCCCGUGGCGACUCUUGAACCUCUUUCAGCAACUUCUCACAUGGAGCUUGGUGUUGGGCAAAUUACACCCAUUGAUGCGAGGUCAUCCGCAAGUAUGAGCGGUACCAGCGGCGUCCAGAUCUCGAGUACUGUGGUCGACAGAAACGUCUCCAAAGCACCAGCAGAUUCGAUGGGCGAGUCGAGCUUUACAAAUGAUCCCAUCCAAUCGAACCCUCCAGACUCAUCUACAAAGGUUGACCGACCAAGUACGGAACGAUCCAUCUCUUACACUCCCCUUUCUCACUCCGGUAUAGAACGAGCCACCUCUUCGGGAUCCACAGGCGAAUCCUCCAUCAGAAACUCCCAAUCAAACCCAUUGAAAGACCUCGAAGAUCGUCUGGAAGCAAGUUUCAAUUCUCUGGAUAAAUGGUUGGUUAUACUUGAUGAACAUCCCGCCAGACGUUCUACGGUGAACAAACAGAUCAAACGAUAUGAGGACGAGAUCUUUGAAUUGCGGGAAGAGAUCCGAAUUCUGCGUGAAGGAAUGGAUGUGAUCUAA